AGGCACCGGGGGCUCCGGCUUGCUGCAGGGAGGGCAUCGGGGGCGGGGUUGGCCGUCGGGAGCCGCAGGGGUGGCAGGGGCGGCAGAGGCGGAGGCCGCGGGGCGCGAAGCCUGCGGGCAGAGACGCGGCGGAGAUGCUGGAGACCCUGCGGGAGCGGCUGCUGAGCGUGCAGCAGGAUUUCACCUCCGGGCUGAAGACGUUAAGUGACAAGUCAAGAGAAGCGAAAGUAAAAAGCAAAGCCAGAACUGUUGCAUAUUUGCCAAAGUACUCUGCUGGACUAGAAUUACUUAGCAGGUAUGAGGACACAUGGGCUGCACUUCACAGAAGAGCCAAAGAAUGUGCAAAUGCUGGAGAGCUGGUGGACAGUGAGGUGGUCAUGCUGUCUGCCUACUGGGAGAAGAAGAGGACUAGCCUGACAGAGCUCCAGGAGCAGCUCCAGCAGCUGCCAGGUCUCCUUGCAGACUUGGACUCCAUGAUGGCAAACCUGGAGUUUGAGGGAACAUCUAGCAGGGAGACUGCCAUAGCUGUUCAUUUAGAGGAGAGUUUUGAAGAAGUAGAAAAUCACCUGCUGCAUCUGGAGGAUUUGUGUGGGCAGUGUGAGUUAGAAAGACAUAAACGUGUGCAGUCCCAGUGCCUGGAGACUCUCCGGAGAAGUAGGAGGAAGGAGCUUGAAGCCUUCAAAGCUGAACUAGAUGCAGAGCACUCGCAGAAGGUCUUGGAAAUGGAGCACACCCAGCAGCUAAAGCUGAAAGAGCGGCAGAAGUUCUUUGAGGAAGCCUUCCAGCAGGACAUGGAACAGUACCUGUCCACGGGCUACCUGCAGAUCGCAGAGAGGCGAGAGCCCAUGGGCAGCAUGUCGUCCAUGGAGGUGAACGUGGACAUGCUGGAGCAGAUGGACCUGAUGGACAUCUCUGACCAGGAGGCGCUAGAUGUCUUCUUGAACUCGGGCGGAGAGGACAACACUGUGCUGUCCCCUGGUUUAGAACCUGAAUCUGACCCUUGUCAGAAUGAAAUUACUCUUCAGGUUCCAAAUCCCUCAGGAUCAGACACCCAGCCACCUGCCUCACCCUCUGCUUGUGCUGACCUGGACACCAGCGAUGGUCCUCUUGUCCAGUCUGAUGAAGAGGAGGUACAGGUGGACACUGUGUUGGCCACUUUACACACUGAAAGAAAGGCCACCCCAGAUGUCAGUGAUGACAGUGACUCAACUCAGGACAUUUGAACAACUGUCAGCUGUGUGCAGGAUCCACCUGUGAGUCUAGGCAGUGUUAGAGGAUCUUGAUUUUACACAGUUGGCAAUGGUGUGUCAGAAAUCAACCAGAGAAGAGCUAAUAAUAAAGUCUGGGGGCUAAACAUGAAGCUGAGUAGUGACUAGUGAGCGUGUAGCUACUUUGUUCGGCCACACUGGUGCUUACAGCAGGGGGCACCAAGCAUUGCUUAGAGUCCUUAAAGGAGAGGCAGCUGCGAGGGCCCCUGAGGAAGGGCUUGUAUAGGCAGGCCUGGGUCCUACUGUUUUAUAAGAACAGUUCUGUUAACAUGUAACACUAUGAUCAGAUUAGGACCUGAACCUGUCAGCUGAACUACCACAAGGCCAGCCCUAGAGCAACUGGGCCCCACAGAAACAGACCUGAGCCCAAUCAACUGGGCCUGCUCUUGCUUGCGUAGGAAUCCUGCCCCCAUUCGAGCUACGGCACAGAGGAAGGUGAGGGCAGCACACAGUGGCUGCUAACAGGACAGUGUCUCAGGAGCUCUGCUCCCUGGCCAGCCUCUGCCCCACUGACCAGAAUCGAGCCAUUCCAAAUAUUCACUCAUCUUCCACAAGACAGACAAAAUGUCCAAAAAAUGUUGUUUUUAUUAUUAAAUCUUGUAGUACAAACCUGAAAAGUAAACAAAAACUGGCAAUAAACCACAUGAAGUCUCCCUCUCAGGGAGGGUGCAGAGCAGCGCUAAUAAAUUAAUGUCAAACUGUAAGCCAUAGGCAGAAGUUUACUGUCAAAAGAGGGAAAAGUACACAGCAAGGCCAUAAAAACCGGACAACCACAUUGGAAAACACUCGACUGUUAUGUAAUCGUUAAAUAUUCCAAAACAGUUCAGUCUUCUGCAACAACAACCAACAAAGUGGAUCCUAGGACUCUCCUGGCAGUCACCACUGGCAAGCUCAGUGCAAUAUGGGUAGCUACGGACUGAUCCAAUUAUGAAACAAAGAACAGCUUGUGAAAACAGUUUCCCUUUUUUAUUCCACACAUACUGUACACACAACCGGAGAAGGGCAACAGCUACUCCAUUAUCAUGUUUUGUUGUUGUUCAGUGAUGUAAGCAGCACUUAGAAAUGUUACAAGAAAAACCCUGUAAGCAUCCAAUCCAGCCGAUGAAGAAACUGAAAUGUAAGGCUUUUCUUCAUCUCGUCUUCUCACCCCUCCCCUCCCCCCACCAAGAAAAGGCUCAAGUAUUUAAAACAAUUUACAGGCGUAUGUACAAAAGGGGUGGGAUUCUUUUUUUCAUUUUUUUCCUUUUUGUUAAAACAUGAAGAGAAAAAAUAGACAAGAUGAGCGCAAAUGCAUUU